AAAAUUGCCAUUUUCAUUCGAAUUAAAACCACAGCCCUGGAGUUAUUUAAUUAAAAUCUCAAAGAAGAUUUCCUCUUUAAAAAAAUAAAAAAAGGGUGGAGGUCAGGGAAGUCAUUUUAAAUGGCCGUCCCCGUUGAUUGGCGCCAGCAGGUAAAUAACGGGUAUUUCCGUUAACAAGAAAGAAAAAAGUGAGCUAUUUCCCUCCAUAUCCCCUUUUCAAUCCACUCCACUUUCUACCACUUCCACCACCAUGAACACCACCACCACCACCACCACCACUUCUGCCAUCGCCACCGCCACCCCGUCGUCACAAAUUCUGGAGCACACAGCGGCUUUCAUAUCUGAAACCCUGUCUCAGAUAGAUCUCCGCCAGCGCCUCUACUCCACCCUCCGCUGCAAACUCCCAUCCUCCCUCCAAACCUCUCUCAAACCCAUAAACCUCGCGGCCGAAACUCUGGAAAGCGCAAUCUCCACGGCUAGCCCCUCCAUUCGAUCCUUUUCUCUCCGCCGUGCCGAAAAGCUCAUCCUUUCCCAUCCACCAAACCCAUUCUCUUCUCUCCUUCUCUCCCUCAUUUACGGGCUCUCCCGUCGACCAUUGGACGCCUCUCUUAGCCUCCUUGAUCUCUUCCAAACCGACCCUUCAUCGGCUCGCUCCGAAAUCGCACCCCUAAUCUUCCAGGAGCUUUUUUUAGUCCAUCUCCUUCCUGUCCUGCAAUCUUUGAACCAACAAAGAUUGCUGAUUUUGUCUUCUUCACCACCAAAUGGGGACGAUGAUAAGGAUGAGUAUUCGAUUUGUGAUGAGUCGGUGGUGAUUUCUUGUACGAAAUCGCUGUCGAAGAUGAGCGAUGAUCAGGCUUCGGAGCUGAAGGAGUUGGAGACCAGGUACGAGGCGGUUGUUGAUGAAAAUUGCAAGAAUUUGGCCAAGUAUUUUAGACAGGUUUUGGAGAAUAAAAAUGGGAAUGAGUUGAUGAAUCCGCCACCAGUGAUGUUGAACAAAACUGAGAAAUUUCGGAUGGUAGAAUACACUCGGGAGCAGAGGAUUGGAACAGGGGAAGAACUUGGAUUUAAAAACGGACGGUAUAAUCCAAUAUGGUCUGAUGGAGAAAGGUCAGUUGAAUUUCUGGGCACCAGCGGCAGCAGAAAAGUCAAGUCUCCACCAUUUUACCCUCAAAGAGUGUCUCCUUAUAUUUUAAAAAACCAUACUUCUUCCAAGAGAUUGACAACACCUCCAAAUUCAAAUUCAGAUUCUGAACCUGACUUCUUGUUGGACAAUAAUUCUGUUGAUUCUUCUUCUUCUUCGGAUUCUGACGCCGAAAUUGAGGAAAAAAACAGAAAAAUGUCAUUAUUUGAGUCUAGGCAGAGAAGAACACAGAAACAAAAGCAGCCUAUUUCUGGAGAAUCUAGUUGUUCUCCAGAUCGUCAGAUGGCUCAUUAUGAUAACCCUCCUGGUGGUGGAAAACAUACACCCCCAAAGGACUUUGUGUGUCCAAUUACUAGCAAUCUCUUUCAUGAUCCUGUAACUCUUGAGACAGGUCAAACAUAUGAGCGUGUAGCGAUCCAAGAAUGGCUUGAUAGAGGUAAUUCAACAUGCCCAAUUACGCGCCAGAAGCUGCAAAACACCCAACUUCCUAAAACAAACUAUGUGCUCAAAAGGCUGAUUGCUAGUUGGCAGGAGCAAAAUCCUGGUUCAGCUGUAAACCAUUCUGAAAAUCCAUACCCAGUGCCGGAGCAAAUGACGAAGCCAAUAGUGCCUUCAACUUCUCCUAACAGUGUUAUAAGCCGAGCCACCAUUGAUGGGACAGUUGGUGAGUUAAGACAUGCAAUCAACAAUCUUUGUGUGUCAGAGAUUCUUAAGGAGUCUGAAACUGCUGUUCUCCAUAUUGAAAGGUUCUGGAAGGAAGCAAAUAUAGAAGUGGAUAUUCAAGCUAUGCUCUCAAAACCUCCCGUUAUCAAUGGAUUUGUGGAAAUCCUUUUCAAUUCUGUGGAUCCCAGGGUGCUGAAAGCCACUGUUUUUCUCCUUUCUGAGCUGGGGUCCAGAGACAAGACCGUGGUCCAGACACUUACCAGGGUUGACUCAGACGUGGAAUGUGUCGUGGCUCUUUUUAGAAAGGGGUUGAUGGAGGCUGUUGUUUUGAUAUAUCUGUUAAGAAAUUCCAUCAUGAACCUUGUAGAGAUGGACUUGGUGCACUCCUUCAUAUUGGUUAUCAAGAAGAAAGAGGAGGACUUGCUUAAAAUGUGCAUAAAGCCUAAAACAGCUGCAGUGCUUUUGCUAGGACAGAUUUUUGAAAGCAGUGAAGAGGAAUUAGUCUCUUCUAUCAUUAACACAUUGAUUUCUGAAAAAGCAAUUGAAAGUAUUGUCGCUAGUUUGGAAGCCGGAUGGGCAGAGGAAAGAAUUGCUGCAAUUGGGAUUCUAUUGAAAUGCAUGCAGAAGGAGGGGAAGUGCAGGAACAACAUCGCUGACAAAGCACAGAUAGCUCCUGUUUUGGAGAGUUUCAUAAGUGCAGGUGAUGGAGAUCGGUUUAAGAUCAUUUUCUUUUUAUCCGAGUUAGUUAAGCUAAACAGGAGGACUUUCAAUGAACAGGUCCUUCAUAUCAUAAAAGAUGAAGGUCCUCUCAGUACCAUGCACACCCUCCUUGUUUAUCUACAGACAGCUCUUCAAGAUCAAUGUCCUGUUGUUGCUGGUCUACUACUCCAACUUGAUCUUCUGGCUGAGCCAAGAAAAAUGAGCAUAUACCGUGAAGAAGCAAUAGAUUCUCUCAUUUCAUGCCUUAGACAAACCGACUUCCCUACUGCCCAAGUAACUGCUGCUGAGACAAUUAUGUCAUUGCAAGGGAGAUUCACCAUCUCUGGGAAUUCUCUUACAAGGGCUUUCCUUCUUAAACGUGCUGGUCUUGACAAAACCUACAAGAGUCUUGUGCGGAUGGAUCAGCUUAGCAACUUUUCUGCAGAAGGAAAAGAAACUUUCCUAGAAGAAGAGAAGGCGGCUGAUAAUUGGGAAAGAAAAAUGGCAUCUGUUCUAGUGAGCCAUGAGUUUGGUCUACUCUUUGAAGCUUUAGCGGAAGGCUUGAAGAGCAAACACGAAGAAUUAUCUUCAGCAUCCUUUGUAUCAGCCACAUGGCUUGUGCACAUGUUCAAUGUUCUUCCUGACACAGGGAUACGAGGAGCAGCUCGGGUCUGCUUGCUGAAACAUUUCAUAUCAGUACUCAAUUCAUCCAAGGACACUGAAGAAAAAGCCCUUUCCAUGCUUGCAUUAAGAAGCUUCAUCCACGAUCCUGAGGGGAUGCGUGAUCUAACUUUCUAUAUAAAGGAUAUCUUGAAGGGUCUGAGAGAGCUUAAGAGAUCUACUCCCUUAGCAUUUGAGAUGCUGAAAGUUUUCUCUGAAGGGCAGGACUCUAGUUCUGAGCUGUGGUGUCAUAAAGAAUUGGUUCAAGUAAAUUGCAGUGAGAACGGAGAGGUGCUGUCAAUAGUUUGCUUCAAAGAUAAAAUAUUUUCUGGCCACUCAGAUGGAACAAUAAAGGUUUGGACGGGUAAAGGUAGCAUUCUUCAUCUCAUACAAGAAACUCGAGAGCAUAACAAAGCAGUCACUAGCUUGGCAAUUUUGUCAGCAGGGGAGAGACUUUACAGUGGCUCACUUGAUAAGACUACAAGGGUCUGGACCAUCGGCAAUGAAGCAAUAUAUUGUGUACAAGUGCAUGAUAUGAAGGAUCAAGUUCAUAAUUUAGCUGUUGCCAAUACUGUUGCUUGCUUUAUUCCACAGGGCAUUGGUGUUAAGGUGCAUACUUGGAAAGGAGGAUCCAAAUUGCUUAAUGGAAAUAAAUAUGUGAAGUGCUUGGCUCUCGUACACGGGAAAUUGUACUGUGGAUGCCAUGAUAGCAGCAUUCAGGAAAUUGAUUUGGCCACCGGAACACUCAGUACCAUUCAAGGGGGUUCUAGAAAAUUACUUAUGAAAGCAAAUCCUGUCCUUGCCUUACAAAUUCAUGCUGGACAGGUAUAUGCAGCCACUUCUACCUUAGAUGGAGCAGCUGUGAAGAUCUUUAGCACUUCAAAUUGUAGCAUGAUUGGAUCAUUGACAACUGCAAUGGAAGUACGAUCUAUGGCGAUAAGCUCGGAACUCAUUUACUUGGGGUGCAAGGGAGGAACAGUAGAAAUCUGGGGGAGGGAGAAGCAGAAUAGAAUAGACACACUACAAACUGGUACAAACUGUAAGGUUAUUUGCAUGGCUCUUGACAGUAAUGAAGAAGUUUUGGUGAUUGGUACUUCUGAUGGAAGAAUUCAGGCGUGGGGACUGAGCUAGGAAAAAUAGGACCUCCUAAAUUUUGGGAAUCAAUUUUUUGCCAAAAGAGAAAAUGAAACUUAUUUCAUGGCAUCUCUCCAAUUCUUUGUAUUACCUCUAUGCUGCAAAGCUAUGAGCAUAUGUAUAAUCUUCACAAAAAAAAUGUACGUAUAUAUCUCAAAUGAAAACAGAGACAUCCUCCAUAUGGAGGCCAUUCAAUUGUAUUGCCCAUUUUCCGUUUUGUAUAUAAAUUUGGAAUGUUUCUGAAACA